UUUAUUGUUGGCCGGCUGUCCCGAGUAGCCGGUAGCUUCUUGGGUCUGCCUUCUUCAUUGCGUCCAGUUUGCUUAGAAGCAGUAAUGGCAACAGAAUGCAUUAAGAAUUGUUGUAGAGGAUGUUUAUAUGGUAAUAAAGAAAAACACGAUGCAUCUCUGGAGAAACAGCCUACAGUUACUGACAAGUAUACAUCAAAAGUAGUGAAGAAACCUCCUUUGUCUUCUGUGUCCAUGAAAAGACAGGUUGGCUGUUCAGAAGAUUAUCUUCUCUCUAAGUUCCCACCAGAUGGCAAAGAAAUACCCUUUGUAGUUCCUCAGUUCAAACUUGCUUACAUCCAGCCUCGGAACCUUGGUAAUCCACAUCUUGGGGGACUGCAAGUAUGUGACUUAAGAAGUAGCACAUUGCCUUGCUCUUCCUCUUUAAGUCAAUCUAUGUUUGAUCUUACAAGCCCACCCCACCGAUUUAUUCAGAAGAGAUAUGAUUCCGCCUCCAGUACACUAAGCAGCAUCUCCUCCAGAAAGAAUUCACAAGGUAGUAACAGGAGUUUAGAUACAAUUACAUUAUCAGGUGAUGAAAGAGAAUUUGGCAGGCUGAACGUGAAGGUGUGCUACCUUUUUCCUGUAGAACAGAUAUGGAUCACCAUCUUGAAAUGCAAAGAUUUGAACUGGUCAUCUACUUGUGAAGAACACCCUCAAAUUUCCAUCAAAGGAAUCCUCACCCUACACAAACCAGUGCAGUUCAGAUGUUUAGCAAAAGAAGCUUCCAAUGACAUCCAGUUCAUGGAAACCUUUGUGUUUGCUAUUAAACUGCAACUUCUCCAGACUGCAAGACUUGUGUUCAAAGUACAAUCCCUGAUUCCCAAGAAAAAAACUAUAGGAGAAUGUAUUUUAUCCCUGCGUGAUCUCAGUUCACAGGAAAUGGAUUAUUGGCUGAUGAUAACACCUCCUUCCAAAGCUUCAGUGUGUUCUGCAGAAUUGAAAAUAGGCACCUGUUUUCAAGCAGUAAACAGCCGGAUCCAGUUGCAAAUCCUGGAAGCUCAGAACCUUCCAAGUUCAUCCACACCAUUGUCUUCAAAUUUUUUUGUAAAGAUUGUGAUGCUCAGCACUGAAGGAUUGGUUGAUAAGAAAAAAACUCGUCUGCUGAAAUCUACUAACAGUCAAGUAAAAUGGGGAGAAACCCUGAUGUUUCCUGUGAGCCAGAAUGAACAUGGAAUAAACUUUCUCAUCAAACUCUACAGUAGAAGCUCAGUGAGAAGAAAACAUUUCCUGGGACAGGUUUGGUUAAGCAGUGACAGCAACAGUGCAGAAGCUGCUGAUCAAUGGAUGGACACAAUUGCUAAUCCAGAGAAGGUUGUGGUUAAAUGGCAUAAUAUCAUUCCAGCAUGAUACUGCUUUGAACAGUCCUUUUGGUACUGAUUUGGACUUGAGCCCAGAGACUUUUGCACUUAUUUAAAAUUACCAGCCAUCAGACAACAAAGAGACAGAAAAGAGAUAUCUAUAUGGAUGCAUACAAUAACAUCUGCCCAAGAAAAUCACAGAGGAAGCAAUAGAAUUGAAAAAGGAAGUUGGAAAUCCUAGCAAAGUACAUGAAAAUUCAAAAGCCAUGUUGAAAAAAUAAUGGCUUGAUUAUUAAUUGACUGUUAUUCUAUAAGGCUUACAUGUAAAACAUUUUAAUAUUUAUAUUUUAAAAAAUUUUUUUAAAAUUAAUUUAAUUUUAAAUUAAUUUCAAAACUUUGUAUAGAUUUUCAUGAAAAAUACCAGUGAAGGACUAUCCUUCAAGAAGAUUUCGCUCCAUGUAUUGGUUGACAACCAUGUUCCAACUAUUGUUUUGCUUCUAAAAGUAUUCUGUGAACACUUUAUUAUUUCCACCAACAUGUUGAACAAGUGAGUAAAGUAGGCAGGGAGGUAGAAAUAAUACUUUACCAUUUAAAUUGAAAUAAACAUUUCAAGGUAAUUUUUAAGAAUAAUUGUUGUGUUGGAUAGUAAAUUUGAGACAUGGGCAGGUAACAAUUCUUUUGUUAAUGAAUUCGAUUUUACAGUUCUUCAGCAUAAAAUUUGCUUUACUGUUUUGAAUAGAGAUAGAUUAAUAAGAAGUAUUCCAAUUAUGAAAUUCAGUAGAAUCUGAUAUCAUAUUUAAAACUAACAGGGACCCAGUAUUCUGUGUUUUAGGAAAGCUGAAUUCAUCAGUCCUUAUAAAAUGAAAAAAACAACAAAAUAUGUAAUCAUGAUUCUAACCAAUUAUUUUAAAAAAUACGUACCUUCCCACCCUUCAGUAUUUUAAAAUAAUAAAUAAAGGCUAAUAGAGCUUAUAUGUUAAACAAGUCCAUGGAUAACUAAACUGGCACCACUUAUACAGUUUUGUAGAGUGCCCAGAUGCCAAAAUCUGAACCAUGUGAGACCAAUGGCCAUAAUCAAGCAGGUACCCUGACUAUUUUAAUAGAGAUAAAGCAUUUUAAGGCACAAGGAUCUGCAUUUACUGCAUGCAAUGCAGUAUCUUGACAACUGAGAUGUUUGGCAAAAGGUUUGAUGGUUGAAAUAGGCACUCUGCAGCCAUUGGGAAAAACAGAUCAGUAACAUCUGAAAAACCUUCAUGGGGAUUUGAAAUGCAUGAUUUAACUUGAAUGCCUUUGUUGCCUCUUUCAUUAAAAUAUCAGUUCACACUGAGCUUUCAAUAAAUAGGAUUCAGUUUGCCUCAAAGCUGUUACCAUAUGAACCUGGAAGGGGACAUUUAACAUCAGCCCUCAUGCUGAUGUAAUCUCAGGAGUAUUUGUCCUAUGAUGCCCAAGAAGGGCAUGAAACAAUUCAGCCAGAGUUCAGUUCUUUAUUUGUUUUCACAUCGCAGACAGAUUCUUGCCAGAAUAAACCCUUACUAGUUCCAGCUUUAUGGAUGCACCCUGAGAGGUUCUAAGGAGUGACUAUCCUUACUUUCUUCCUCUGUCUCCUCUCCAGCACCAAGAUGUGCUGCCUCAUGUCUCCCAUCUCUUUCUGGAAUAUGCUCCCUCCUUCGUGAGAGACUGCCACUUCAUUGUAGUCCAUCACACCAACUCCCCCUCCGUGGGAACCAUUUCCCACAAUACCAUUCCUAUUUCUCAUAACAUCAUUGCAUAUAUGCAAUGAUCAGAAAUGAAACUAUACAUAUUUCCAGCAAAUUGAUAUUUUUAUAGAUCAUUAAACUUCAGAAAUUCUAUUCUCUGCAGUCUCUGCUGAAAACAUUAAGAAUUGCUACAGGCAGUAUUACACUAUUUUAAAAUGCACUGGUUUCAAAAACAACAAGGCUGGUAUCUGAAUUCUGUUUUGGUCAGAUUUUGUUGGUGUCGGUGAUGCAUAAAAUAGAGAGUGUCCUAAGUGCAUAAUGAACUAUGAAUCAGAAAGUAUAGUUUGAGAGCGAUUAGCUGGAAGAAUCCAGAUUUUCAUGAGGAAGGAGGGGGGAAAAGGCAUGGGUAGAAAAGGUAGUAUUAACUACAAAAUGAUAGCAUAGAGAACCACAGUUCAGGACAGAUGGGAAGAAUGCAUUAAGGAAAAAAUGAUCAAACUAAAAGCCAUACUAAGAAAAUCAAAUGAAAAGAAUAACAGGAACAUAAAACUGGAGAAGACCUAGAACCGUACUUACUCCAAAACAAUGAAAUCUGGAAUAAUUCAGAAAAAAUCCUCAAUCUAUCCUCUAUCCUCAAAAAUUAUUAGGUAGCAAAUUAUUAUUUUGUUAUGCAAGCUGUCCUUGCUUAACCAGUCAUUGAGCAACCAUUUGAAGGUACAACAGACUUCCCAAAUGAUACUUACGAUCCAAUUUCACCCCUAUAUGGUCGUGUGAUCUCAUUUUGGACACUUGGCAACCAGCUUGCAUUUACAGCUAUUUGCAAUAUCCAAAGGUCAUGUGAUUGCCAUUUUUGCCAUUUUCGAGUAUUUGUUUCUGACCAAAAUUGGAUGAACAGGUUCACUUAAUGACCAUCACAUUCACUUAAUGAUCACCAUGUUUGCUUAAUUACUGCUACAAAAAUCAGGCAUGGUCACCUGGUGACCUACUUAACGGCAAUGGUUUAGGUUUAGGUUUAGGUUAGGUUUAGGUUUAUUAGCAUUUGUAGGCCGCCCUUUUCC